CCUCCGUUUCUCCGAGAGGGGGUAACGCAAUAUGUCGAACAACAGAGCUUCGUCCGGGCACCGUUUCGGCGAUUUCGGACCUGUGCCUGGCUCCUUUCGCCUCGCCGACGAAAAAACGGUGUAGUUUAUUCCGCGUGUUUUUUUCCGCCUUGUCGCCCGCUGCAUCGGACCGAGUGGCCGCCGGCAAAUGUAAAGACGGCGAAGCAACGUUGUCAAUGGAUAGGUCACGUGACCUCAACGGCGAUCAUGGCCGCCCGCAAAGUGUAGCAACAUGGACUGUUUCCAGGGAAGCGAGAGGCCCCAGGUAAAAUUCGGCGUCGUGUGCUGGCGCUGAGGCGAUUCUCUAGACCGCAAGGGAAGAUCUCGAACCGACCGCGAUGUCGUCACGCGGACGGCGGGGUCGGGGGCGACCCCCCAAAUCGGCCGUACUCUCGCAUAGGCCUAGCUUGCUGAAGAAGCCUCGCUACCUGUACGCUGGUUCCGGUGCCCAAGGCUCGCGCGUGGGACUUCAACUGCGGCCCUACGAUGGCCCCGCGGUGCAACCCCAGCUCCGGCAGAGACUCCGCGAAAAAUCCCAGAAGGUGCGUACUUUCAUUCAGAGCGUCCUGGGCGACGAAGAAGACAAUGACUUUGAGGCUCCGUCGAGCGCUGACGAGAGCGACUACCAGCGCGGCGCUGAAGACGACGACGACGAGGAGCGUGAGUCCGUGGCCAGCUACGAGUCCGACGACGCCAGCGUGUACUCUCAGAGCAGCUACAGCACCAUCUCGAGCUCGACCCCGGCCAAGCGCAAAUGGACGCGGCGGCCGCAUAGCCCAGUGUUUCUGCAGGAGCGCGAGAUCCCUCCGCUGGCACUCCCGAAGUCAUCCGAAGACCUCAUCCUGCCGACCUGUCACAUCAUGCGGGCGCUGAGCAUCUACGAGUCCCUGAGGCACUUCCGCAACAUUUUGAGGCUCACGCCGUUCCGUUUCGAGGACUUUUGCGUGGCGCUCAUGUCCGACGAGCAGUCUGCGCUUCUCUCCGAGGCCCACAUCGCGCUCCUCCGCGCGAUCCUGCGCGAGGAAGAAGCGGCGGGUACGCAGUUCGGCCCACAGGACCUCAAAGACAGCAUCAACGUGCACCUGUACAUGGUGGACGCGGUGACUUGGCCCGCCGUGCUUCGAAUGUAUCUCGGAAGCGAUCCCGAUUUCAGGUCUAUGCUGUCGGCGCUGGAGCGUUGCGAGUACCCCUUCACGACGGUUGCGAGCAAGCUGAACGUGCUUGAGUUUCUUUGCGACCAGUUCCUGACAACGGCGCAGGCCCGGGAAGACAUCACCAGCGAAGGCGUCGCCAAGCACGACGACCACUGUCGUGUCUGUCACAAGCUCGGAGACCUGCUUUGCUGCGAGACUUGUCCGGCUGUAUUCCAUCUGGCCUGUCUGGACCCUCCCUUGACUGACGUGCCCACCGAAGACUGGAUCUGCACUGUUUGCCAGGCCAAUCAGGUGUCCGGAGUGACGGACUGCAUCUCAGACAUUGAGAAGGGCGGAUUGCUGAGCCGCCAGGAGUGUCUGGGGCUCGACCGCCACGGCCGGAAGUACUGGUUCCUCUGCCGCCGGAUCUUUGUGGAAGGGGAGAACAAUGAGGUGUUCUACUACUCGACGUCGGCCCAGCUGGAGGAGCUCCUGGACGUGCUGGACCCGGAGGACUUGGAGCUGGACCUGUGCCGGACCAUCGCCGACUUCCGGGAGGAGAUCACCAAGCACAUGGAGCUCACCGAGAAGCUCACCAACAGCUCCAAGGGGAACCGGAAAACCUACCUCGACGCGGAGAAUGCGGCACUGGCGAAAGUGCAAGCGGAACGUGCGGCCCGCCGUGCGAAGGAGGAAGAGGAGAGACGGGAACGAGAGGCCCGGGAGGCGCAGGAGGCUGAGGAGCGCAGGCGGCAGGAGCUGGAAGAGAGCCUGGCCGCAGAAGAGGCGUUGGAGCGUAGCCUCCUCGAAGCGGAGGCCAACAUCUCUGCUGCGACGGAGCAGGAGGGGGCCGCGGACGGGUGCCAAGAGUCCGUCGUCGAGUCCACGGUGGUGGACAACAUGGUCGUGGACGGUGACGUCGUCGAGACCUCGAUGCUUCCGCCGGAGAAGAUGGACGUGGAGGAAGAGGUGAUGAGCUCGGCUGUGGAGGCGGAGGAGGAGGUGACGACCACCACGACCAUGGUGACGGUGGUGACAACGACCACCACCACUACCUCAAGCACCAAGACCGUCACUGUGGUGAAACUGGGGGCGGAUUCCAAGCCGUCUGACUCCGGAGAAGCCAACGCCGAAGCCGGCUCCGUGGAAACGCCGAAAGAGGAGGAGGUAGAAGGAACGAAGGAGGAAGGGGACGGCGUGGGCAAGAAGUCUGAUGACGAGGCGGCCGCGGCCAAGAAAGGGACAACUCCCGCACGAACGGGCAAGGAGGAGGCCGAAGGGGGCUCGCGGUCGUCCAUCGUGACUCGCUCUAAAACGGGAGCCCUGGUACCGCGGAGCUUCGCCUACGAAGCCUCGUCGGCACGCGCUGCCUCGUCCGGCGGCACGACAAGUGCCUCCGGCGGCACGGGCAAGAAGGGCGCGUCGGACUCUGACGCCGACUCAGUGCUGGUGCUGACCAAGGACGGCGAGAUAUCACGGGUGGCGCGAGGCAAGGUUGGAGGCGCUGUGCCCCUCAACUCGGGGUCGCUGCUCUUCAAGCUGGGGAUGGAGGGAAGCUACCGCAGCUUCACCAACCAGUACCACAGCAACACGCUGGCGCUGAACAAGCACCAGCACGCGGAGGACCGGGACAAGCGGCGCCACCUGUCGCACAAGUUCUCGCUCACCACGGCUUCCGAGUUCAAGUGGGGGGGAGCGGUGCACGGCAGCCGGGCGGCCCUGGUGGGCACCCUGCGCCAGACGCUGCUGCAGUUGGAGAACAGCGUGCCCGCAGCCCUGCUGCACCCCAACUGGGCCAUCCACCGGUCCAACUGGCUGCGGGCCGUCAACAUGUGCACCUCUCCCAGGGACUUCUCCCUGGCCCUGGCCAUCCUCGAGGCCUCCGUCAAGCCCGUCCUCUUCAACGCCGCCUGGAGCGACGUGCUCGGUCACACGCGCCUGCGUCGCUCAACCGCCGCGGAGCGUGAGGAGAAGAAGAAAUCUGAGAAGCGCGAGCGCCGGGAGCUCAUGGAGGAAGAGGUGGACCGGAGCGUCUGGGUCAAGUACACCCUGGGACUCAAGCAUCAGGUCUGGAAGCAGAAGGGAGAGGAGUACCGCAUCACGGGCCAGGGCGGCUGGCUGUGGAACAGCUGCACUCGCACAGUGCGCCACCUGCCGGCACACACUGUCGGCCUGCGGGCGGGGCCGCACAAGGUGGUCAUCUCGCUGCAGGGUCACAAGGACGCCGUGGUGGCGGCGCCAACCACCAAGGCCAUCGCACCGGCGGACGGAGAGGCUGCGUCUAAGGCGGACGGCGAGGUGAAGAUGGAGACGGGCGAGGCCGCCCCGGAGCCCCCGAAGGAGCCGGCGACGCGGGAGGUGAAGAUCACGGGGGAGACGCUGCUCAAGGCGAUGCUGGCCUCGCGUGCCAUGGUGGUGGAGCUGGUGGACGUGUCGGAGUCUCUCUCCUCGCCCGUGCGCACCCUCUACCCCAAGGUGGCCCGGCCGACCAAGAUCGACGGCUUCCUCGACCGGAGGAUGAAGCUCAAGGAGCUCGAGGACCGGCUCGCCGAGACGGCCGCCGCACGCGUCAAGGUGGAGCCACAGGUGGACGUGGAGUCGGUCGACCCGCCGCAGAAGGCGGGCAUCGCCGGGCGAUCUCUCCCAAACGGCAUGGUGGGCGCGGACGAGGCGUCCUUUGACGCGGUCGAGCAGGCCAGGCGGUGCUAUUCGCCGCUCUGCCGGCAAGGGGCGUCGGGGGGAGCCAGCGUGCUCUGCUAUUCGCCGGCGUGCCGCGCCCGGGUCGCCGUGGUGAUGCCCCAGCGCACCGUGGUAAAGGUGGUCACCAACAACAACCGGCAGGUGCUGAACAACGGGCAGACGAAGGCAGACGCGGUCGUUCCCAAGGUCGAGGUGAAGUUGGAGGCGUGUGGCGUUCAGCCGGCCGCCAAGCUGCAGAGCGUCCUCAAGACGCCCUGCACUGUCCAGCAGCCCAAGACGGUAUUGGUGAGCCAGACGACGACGACAGUGUCCCAGACCACCACCACAACUACCACCAUGACGACCGUGGUGAAGCAGGAAGAAGAAGACCACGUUCCGGAGCCGUGCAACGAUGUCGAGAUUACUGCGGUUGCGGCAGAGGAAGAGGUGGAGACAGACAUGUGCGACAUACCUGUCGAGACCGCCGCCGAAGAAACCGUGGCUACGGAGGAGGUCGUUGCCGACUCCGAGGAGAUGGACACAAUGCCGUCCAUCAACUCUGUUGAAGAAAUGUGUACCUCGCCGCAACCAGAACCAUCUGCAGACUCGCUUCCCGUCGUGCCUGAAGAUGGUACUGUUGGAGCGUCGGUGUCUGUUGAAACGGAAACUAUGCUGCCUUCAAAGAUGGAAGCACCGGCUACCGGGUCGGAGCCGUCUGCUACCGAAAUGGAGCCGUCUGCUUCUGAAAUGGAGCCAUCUGCUACUGAAAUGGAGAUGUCUGCUGACGGACUGGAGUCGUCUGCUACCGGAUUGGAGUCAUCUGCUACAGGAUUGGAGGCAUCUGCUGCCGAAUUGGAGUCGUCUGCUACCGGAUCGGAGCCGUCUGUUGCUGGAUUGGGGCCAUCUGCUGCUGGAUUGGAGCCGUCUUCUGCCGAUCCAGAGACGUCUGCUACCGGGCGAGAGCUGUCUGCUGCCAUGUUGGAGCCGUCUGCUACUGGAUUGGAGCCAUCUGGUACUGGACCAGAGCCUUUUGCUACCAUGUCGGAGCCAUCUGGUACUGGGCCAGAGCCUUCUGCUACCAUGUCAGAGCCAUCUGCUACCGAAUCUGAGCCGUCUGCUGCCGCAUCAGAACUGUCUGCUACCGGAUUGGAGCUGUCUGCAACUGGAUCAGAGACAUCUGCAUCAGAGCUGGCAGCGUGUCCUAUGGAAGAUGUGAAGCCACCUACCCCAGCGGCACCAUCUGCCCCAGUUGCACCAUCCGCUGUGGUACCGCCUGUAACAGUCAAAGCAGAGCCCUCUACCACAAUGGUGUCGUCUACUUCCAAGACCACAGCAGCUGCCGCCAUUGUGACAGCGACGCUGACAUCCUCAACAUCUGUCGUGAAGAAGGCGAUGGCAGCCGCGGCCGUGACCACAGCGACCGCUGUGACGAAGAGCACGACUGCGGGCGACACGAAGACGACGGUGACCAAGACGGUGACGAGCAACAAGGUGUACCUCGGCAAGAUCACCAAAGUGACCAAGAAAGUGAAGAAGAACAAGGGCACGCUGCCUCCGUUCUGCCGCUUCCAGACUUUUGUGAGCAAACAGCGCAGCAUCAUGGUCCUGCCGCAACACGAGCUGCGCAAGAUGGCACGGCGCGGCUCCCUCCGUGAAGCAACGGGAUUCAGUUACACGGCCAAGGUGAACCCCCAGAGCUGGCCGUACGGCGUCAGUCCCAGGCCCUGCUUCAAGACGGCGUGGCGCUACCGUAACCAGAUGCUCACCACCAUCCACCAGGUUGCCCUGCAGCUGCGCGUGCUCUGGGCCAGCCUGCGCUGGGACGACCUGCAGGCCAAGUCCCCGCCAGGUGGCACCAACACGAUGACGACCGAGAGCGACGUGCAGACGACGGAGCUGCUCAAACGCAAGGACAUCGGCCCCUUCGGACUGCGCUCGGAGUACCUGGUGCGACGGAUCACUGUGCCCAUCGACCUGCCAUCCAAGCCCAGGGAGAAAGUGACACCCCAGAGGACGGGGCUCCGGGAGCGACGGAGGCCCGAGUCUCCCCAGCACAAGGGGCCCUCGGUGACGGAGGUCUGGGUGCCGGAGGAGGACCUGGAGCUCUGGGAGAUCCGGCAGUUUGGAGAGAAGAUCGAGAAGCAGCAGCUGGCGGUGCGCGAGAAGCUGGCCCAGGUGCAUGCCCAGCAGAGCGCGGACAAGAUCCGAGCCCAGAUGGAGCAGCAGCUGAAGCAGCAGCGGCUGGCCAUGCAGCAGAAGCGCCUGCAGGACGGGGGCGCGGUGGGCACCACUCCCAAGGGCACCACCACCAAAACCAUCACGGUCACCGUGUCCACGCCCCAGCAGGCUGCCGCCCAAGGGAUGAACAAGGUGGCGCUGGUGUCGUCUGGCUCCCCGGUGAAAGGCACCACCCUGACCAGCCUGGUGACGACUCCAGGCAACCCCGGGGUGGGGGGCACCCGCGCGGUGCGCCGCAUCUUCACCACCCGCGCCCCGGCCGCCGGCAACCCCGGCGACGGCACCAAGGUCCCCAUCAGUGCCCCCGUGCUGAUGCCCAAGAACCCCCAGCAGAUCGUGGUGCGAGCCCCGGUGGCGGGCCAGGCGCGUCCGGCGGUGCUGGCAGUGCGUGGCGUGCUCCCCGCCGGCGCCAAUGCAGUGGUGCGCCCCGCCAUGGCAUCGGCGCAGCCCACUCAGGGGGCUCCCGUCAGGGCACAGAUCCAGAUCAUUCAGGGCCCCAACGGCCAGCUGCAGGUCAGGGGCCUGCUGCCAGGCCAGCAACUCCUCCGUCUGCCGGACGGCCGUCUGCAGCUGCUGACGCUGCCCGUGCAGACGGCGGCGGCCAACCCCGCAGCCACGACGGCGGCAACGACCACGUCCACCCCGACUGGCCAGCAGACGAUACAGAUCGCCACGCUGCGGCCGGCCCUCUCCCUGGCACCGGCCACCUCGGCAGUGUCGGCCGGCCCGGCGGUGGCCACCGCGCCCACCGUGGUGGCGGCGCCUCAGGCGACGGUGGCGGUGGCGACACCACAGGCCACCGUGCAGCUGGUGUCACAGCCCUCACAGAUCAAGAUGCAGCCGACGAUGGUGUUGUCUACGGCGCUCCCCGUGAGUGCCUCGGGGGUGGUGACGACGACGGCAGCGACGCUGGCGCCCAAGCUGAUCCAGAUCCGGCCGCAGCUGAGCACCGCGGUUCAGCAGCACCUCAUCCAGCAGCAGGUCAAAGCGGUGCGGCCUCUGGUGGCUGCAGGAGGCACUGCGCCCGCGACAACGGUUCGGUUGCAGGCGGCCACGGUGAGCAUCCCCGGUCUGGCAACCAUGGUGGCCAACCCCGGUGGUGCACAGCAGGUGGUGGCCACCAAGACUGUGCUGGCACCAGCCGUCCCCUCCAAGGUGGUGGUGAACCCGACCACGGCGGCAGCAGCCAGUGCGGCGGCGGCGGCCAGUGCAGCAGAUGCAGCCACCAAUCCGGCCACGAAGCCAUCCGAAGCCGCCGCCACAAAAGCAGAGGGUGACCUCACCUCCCCCGUGGUUUCGCCACCCAACUCGCCCCAGCAGUUUGUGCUCACCUCGGCCAUCACCCAGCAAAUCGUGCGUCAGGCAUUGAUGAACCCCCAGACGUCUCCGGAGAUCCAGCAGAAGCUGCUGGCGCUGCAGCGCCACCACCAGCAGAUGCAGCGCACGCCAGCGGUGGCCACGGCGGCCGGCAGGAGCUCCUCCUCAUCCUCGUCCUCUUCAUCGUCCUCCUCUUCGUCCUCUUCCUCGUCGUCGGCGGGCGGCCCCGCCGGUGGUCCCUCACCAGGUGCCAAGACCAAGGCUCCCGAGCAGAAGGACGAGGGACAGAGGGUGACGGUCUGCCAGCAGGUGCUGAAGGGCAUAGUGGACAAGAUAGAGCGGGAGGAGAAGACGACGGGGCGCCGCCAGCGGGCCAAGGAGUCCGCGGAGGAGCGCAAGGCACGGGCCUGCCAGGCCAAGCUGCAGGGGGUGCUGGUGCGGCACACGGACUUCCUCCGCCGAGAGAUCAUGCGCAAGCGGGCCCUCAUGGAGAAGGAGCUCCAGAUUCAGAUACAGUCGGAGCUCCAGAUGGACGUGAAGCGGCGAGCGGCGGCGGCGGCCGCCGCCCAACCGUCUGUUCCGGCGUCGCUCGUGACACCUCGCAUCCCACCGCAAGAGAAGGUUGCACAGGUGAUGCGGACCCUGGAGAGCAACAAGCAGCAGCAGCAGCAACAGCAUCAACACCAGCAGCCGCACCAGACGGCAUCGCGCAAGCGCGCCGUGUCGCAGUCGAGCGAGAGCGAGGGCUCCUCGCCCGUGGCGGCCCGCAGCAAGGCCAAGAAGCCCAAGCUGACGAGCGGGGCCAACCGGGGACCCGCCCCGACGGCCCCCCGCCCCAGCCCGGCCCUGGGAGGGGGUGUCCUCAUGGGCGGGCACCCCAAGCAGAGGGCGGGGGGAGGGGCCACCAUGGGCCACCACAAGCUGUACUGCGUCUGCAAGAAGCCCUAUGACCCCUCCAAGUUCAUGAUUGGCUGCGACCUGUGCUCCAACUGGUUCCACGUCAAGUGCAUCGGCCUGACGGAGGUGCAGGCCAAGGCCAUGGACAAGUAUGUGUGCAACGAGUGCCGCACCGACCACAAGACGUCCACCCAGGAACUGUACUGCCUCUGCCGGCAGCCCUACGACGAAUCUCAGUUCUACAUCUGCUGUGACCAGUGCCAGGACUGGUUCCACGGGCGCUGCGUCGGGGUCCUGCAGAGCGAGGCGGACUCGAUCGAGGAGUACAUCUGCCCGACGUGUCAGCGCAACAGCAACAUCAACCAGGCCAACCUCAAGCCCCUCCAGGGCAGGGACUUCGACAACCUGCGCAAGCUGCUCAAGGGCCUCCAGACUCACAAGAUGGCCUGGCCGUUCCUGGAGCCGGUGGAUGCGAAAGAGGCGCCGGACUACUACACCAUCAUCAAAGAACCCAUGGACCUGCAGACGAUCGAGCGUCGCCUGCAGUCCCGGCAGUACCAGAAGCUGAGCGAGUUCAUCGGGGACAUGACAAAGAUCUUUGACAACUGCCGCUACUACAACCCGCGCAACUCGCCCUUCUACCAGUGCGCCGAGGUGCUGGAGGCCUUCUUCGUCCACAAGAUCAAGGUGUUCCGCGAGAACAUCACGUGAUGAGCUCCGCAUCACGCGGCAGACACCUGCGAAACUGUGGCGAAGGACACUGCAGUCGCCGCUACCCCGAACUAAUAUAAGUGGCGAACCAUGCAGUGCAUCUACUUCGACGCUGCAGGCGACGUUGGCAAACGACAUCAGCAGACGGCGCAAGUGACGACGUGGGAAAACAGAACAGUCAUUGCGCCGUCUGUUACCAUGUCAAGAGCGUGUGUACAUAGUGUAGAGGGAGAUUGAUUAUUCAUUGCCAUUGCAACCACAUACCAACGCACCUUUACUGUUUUUUUUUUUUUUUUUUUCCCUUUCCAGUUUUUUUUUAUUUGUAGGUAGAUUUUACCUGCAUCCCGUAAAUCACCACCGUACUCUGCGUUUGCUUUUUUUUUUUUUUUUUGCAUAAUAUUUUGUGGGGGCAUCUUUAGAAUGUUUUUCUUGAUUGAGCUGUAGAUAAUCGAAGAACUUCUAUGCGAAUGCAUUGCAUGCAACAUUGCGGAUUUGGAUCCCUUUGUAGGAGACGAACACAUCUGUGAAAACUUUUUUGUGUUGCGUUGUCGUUGGUUUUAACCUUGAAUUCGUUACAAAAAAAUGUAAGAUUUCUCUUUGUUGCCAUUGUCUGUUUGCUGAUAUUUAUCUUAUUUAUGUCAUCAUUUUUUUUUUCUUUCUGCAAAUCAAUUGGCAACAGAUGCACUGGAUAACAAAGAUGAAACAUGCUGUGGGCGUCCCUCAUUAAAAUUUAAUUUUCAGGUACUUUUUUUUUCUGUUGAGUCUGCGAAGGGUAUAAGAACGUUUUCCUCACUUCAUAUCAUCCGCUUGACAGUUAUUACUUUGUCUUACGCAACCUGUUUUUCUCUCGGUGUUCUCAUCAUGCGUACAGCACGUGUACAGAUUGUCCCGGAGAAAUGAAACUGUUCGACUCUCGACCGUAAGCAGAAACUGCCCGGCAACAUUGGUUUUAUCCCCACAAACUCCCGCGAGCCAUCGCUAGCCCUAAAGCCGGCGCCAGGUCACACAAUCGGCUCCAUAUCUGUUACAAAGGAGCAGGCCAACCUCUGGUGUGUGUCUUCUGUCUACCUUAUCAGAAAAAUUAAAGAGGAUUUUCAGCUUGCCAAACAAAGUAAAGCAUCUCGUAAAACCCUGCCAUCAGGCUUUGAAAAAAUAAACAAUAGAAUGAAGGCAGUUACUUCAAGUAGAGCUAAACUUGUCUUUUUGAAGAACUUUGCAAAUGAAAUGUGUUGAAGUGUUCUCCGAAAGUCAGCUCAGGCGUUCAUUUAUUAGCAUUCGUUGCAACUGCCCCGUCAUAGACCAUGGAUCAAUGUUUAGACUAAUGCAAGUAGCAUAGAUGCAUUGACCACAUCGCUCGCAACCGACCAAUCGUGAGCCAAUGGGAGCACUGAAGCGGACUCUGCUGACUUUCGAUUGGUCGGUUGAGAAGCAGGUUGCCAUGCAGUAUACAGCCAACAUAAUUGGGGUCGCUGGUGUUGGCAGUUGCAGUGCGUGCAGCCGGUACAAAGAUUUAAACUGGCUUUAAAUUUAAAAAAAGUUUCGUAAAACGAAACGCUAAGUUAUGUAGCAAGUUAGUAGAAUCUAACACUACUGAAAAAAAAAAAAAAUGCCAAUGUUCAAUUACUUGGCCAGACACAUUCUUGCAUAAUUUCCAUUGCCAAUUUUUUUUUUUUUUUUUUUUUUUUUUUUUUUUUUUCUGGAGGUAAAAUGAAAGUACAGUGCAUGGUAGUGUAGAUACUUUGCUCCGACAACGAAACUUUCGCAACAGAAAAGGGGUCAACAAUAGUUAAAUGUAACUUGGUUUGACAGAAAGUUUGCAUAGCCCUCAGAAAGUACAAGAUUGUAUGUUUUGUUGGAAUCACUCGAAGCAUUGACGCCGUGCAGCAGAUCCAAAGUGCGCCUUGUACAAAGGAAAAAAAAAAAAAAAAAAAAUGCGAGCAGAUGCAGAACAAGAAAAAAAUGCAACAUUCUUAUCUUUUUUUUUUUUCUUUAUUACAAGUCAGUCUCUCUCGUCGAGCUGCAAUAUCAUGGGUGUAUACUACAUCAGCGCACGCCUUGUACAUAAGCCAUUAACAUCUACCACCCCCUCCCCCCAACGUUUGCCAUCUCCGUGCUUUCUAAGUGCAGCGGGUAGUGUAGGCGAUCGUUUUUUUCUUCCUCUUUGGUUUUGGCCAAAAACCUUGUGUCGUUCGUCCACGGCAAACACCUGCUGGCCUCGCGGGAACUGGCGAAACGCCCGUCCCUGGCCAAGCGAAAACUGGCAGAAUGCCAAUCCCCGGCCGACGCAAGAACGCCUGUGGUUUUUAAUCCCAUUUUUGCGGAGGUACGAAACGGACUGGAGUCGUCGGGAUGCUUUCGGAACAGAAAACGGGGGGAGGUCCCUCCAUUGUGUCGCAGAAAUGUGUAAUGUUGUAAACAUGUUAUUUGUAUGGAUAAAAAAAAAAAAAAGAAAUAAAUUAUAUCGAGCAAGAA